AAAAACAUGUUGGAAAAACAGAAACCUGCGUGCGAUCAGAGGACAGAGAGUCGGAGGAGGAAGGAGGAGGGCGAUGGAGACACAAAAUUAAAAGAAAUUGCUUUUGGUUGGUUGGUUGUUUUGGGAAUUUCCGACGUUUCCGAUUCUCCCGCUAAUUUCGUUUACCCGAAUUUUCCGGUCACCCGGUCGUGUUAUGCAAAGCUAUAUGUAAGCUCACACACACCCUUCUCUUUUUCUCUCUCCGUCUCUCUCUCUCUGCCUUUUGAAUCUCCUCCCUGUUGGCUCUCUCUCUCUCUCUCUCUCUCUCUCUCCCCCCCCCCCUCUGUGUUCCGACAUUUUCCGACGUUUGGAUUAUAUUUUUCUAAAAACUCCCCUGUUUCAUUUCCUCUUCAGGGCUUUUCGAUAUUUUGGACUGUCAAAGAAGGGGAGUUUAAGCGUAAGAUUCGCGGUCGAAAGUGCAGGAUGGGAAGGGUAAAGCUAAAGAUUAAGAGGUUGGAGAAUACAAAUGGGCGUCAAGCAACAUAUGCUAAAAGGAAGAACGGCAUCAUGAAAAAGGCUAAUGAAUUAUCUAUACUUUGCGACAUUGACAUUGUCCUUCUCAUGUUUUCGCCGACUGGAAAACCUUCUUUGUGCAGUGGCAAACGCAGUAGCAUCGAAGAGGUUAUAGCAAAGUUUGCUCAACUUACUCCACAGGAAAGAGCUAAAAGGAAAUUGGAAAGCCUCGAAGCACUGAAGAAAACAUUCAAGAAGUUGGAUCAUGAUGUUAAUAUACAAGAAUUUUUGGGUACAAGUUCUCAAACGAUUGAGGACCUGAGUAACCAGUCUAGCUUAUUGCAAACCCAACUUUCCGAAAUAAAAAAGAGACUAAGCUGCUGGACUAGCCCUGAUAAGAUCAACAGUGUAGAACAGUUGGGGCAAAUGGAAGAUUCACUUAGAGAAUCGCUUAACCAGAUUCGAACACAUAAGGAAAAUUUACAAAAGCAGCAAAUUAUGUCGUUAGAAUGCACUAGUCAGUUCCAAAAUGGGUUACAUGUACCCUUCAGCAUGAAUGCUGAGCAACAGUUCCAACCUUUGUCAUGGAUUCCGACUAAUGACAGCCGACAUAUGGUUUUACCUGAGGACACGAGCUUGCUUCCGCAUAGGGACAUGGAAUGCUCAGCAAGUUCCUCCUUUGGGAGUUAUUCUGGUUACCUUGGCACAGGAAAAAGUCCAGAGAUUUCAACUUCUGAACAAGAAAACGGUAUUCUUAAUGACUUGAGCAGAACCGCACCACUGAGGCUACAGCUGGGUGGGCAAUUUCCCUAUCUGCCGUACAAUCUUAAUAUGAUGACUGAUACGAAAUUCCAACCACCGGCAGAAAUGAGUCCUCAAGAAAAUCCUGUUGAGUAUCAUGUUAAUGGAAGCUUUGAAGCUCCUAGACCUGAGUUUUACCCUACUCAGCAUAGUUGGGCUUCUACAUCUGGUCCUUGUGCGGUUACCAUGUUUGACGAGCAUUUAUAUUCCCAGCAGACAAACUGAAGUCCAUGGGUGAUUUUGUCGUUCAUCCACCGAUGGGGAGUUGCUGGAGAAAUCUGCUCGAAUGCUUGAAAAACCUAUUCAUUCAUCAAGGUUUUUGUGGUCAUUAUAUAUUUUUUUGUCGUGGUAAAAUAGAAGGCAACCACCGAGUGUACAGCGCAGGUUCAACGCAUAAACGGCCCUGUCAUAGUCAUUAGUACCCUUGCGUGAAGGAACGACGGUGCUGAUGCCCGAAGAAUGAAGCACCAAACCUCCAACGAGAGAUCAAUUAUACGUUCAUUAUAUAUAGAAAUAUAGGUGUUCUGUUGAGUGUUUUUUUUGCUCCCUCCUCACCCCCAUGUCUUGGCUGUCAAGUUUUCUAGUGGCAGUUUAGGACAUUGCCUUCCCUUGCUUCCCCUCUCAGUAAUCUGAGCUGUAAAUAAAAGUACAUAUAACAAUAUACAAAAAACAUAACAUAUUGGAAAAAAAAUUUACAAUUCCA